CACCCAAAACUGUAAAAAUGGCUGCGACACCCACGUUCUUUCGUCGUCACCAUCCUCACACUCAGACCACUUCAACUUCAGCAAAACCAGCAGCAUCCGAAAUACCAAUCCCGAUCCCAACAUGCAAAAGCCUCACCUUUAUACCAGUUCAUUUCAUCACUGAUCCAAUCCCUACCAAACCAUGCAAACCCACCAAACCGUUUCUGGGUUCUCUCAGUUUGUACUACUCUUUGUUCUUCUGCUUCUGUUGCUCAGAACUGCAUCUGGGUUUGGAUCAAUGGGGCCGAUAUCGGCGUCCUUUGGUGAAAGUGGCUUCUUCUGCGCCAUAGAUGCUAGCGGAGAGCAGGAGGUGGUCUGUUGGGGCAAGAACAGCUCGGCGUCGACGCCGUCAUCCUCUUCUUUGCCUACUUCGGCGUCUUUCAGCAACAUUCCGUCGAUGGCUGCUCUCUCCGGCGGUGAGGGUUUUCUCUGCGGCAUUUUAUCCAACACUUCUCAGGCGUAUUGCUGGAGCUCCAUUGCCCCAGGUACAGAUCUAGUACCACCCAAUUUCAAGAGCACUGCUUAUUCUCAUAUUGCCGCCGGGAAGCGCCACGUCUGUGCCAUCAGAGGCUCUUAUUAUUCUGAUCACGAUUUGGGUACAGUCGAUUGUUGGGAGAUCGUUGAGACUGGGAAUGGUACUCUGAGUUCAAAACAGAGUACUCUGUUUUAUGACCAGUCAAUAAGCAAUCUUGUUUUCAAGAGGGUUGUUUCUGGUGAAGGGUUUAGCUGUGGCGGGAUUAGAGAAGGAGGGCUUGUUUGCUGGGGACCCAACUCUGCAAACAUAGGUGUCUCUGGUGUGCUAGACAAUUUCACAGCUUUAGCUUCAGGGAAGGCUUCACUAUGUGGGAUUUCAGAUACUGGUAAGGUUCACUGUUGGGGUGAUGCUGAUUUGUUAGCUGGUCAUCCUAAUGACAGCCAAUACGUGGCGUUGGCCGCCGGGGCUCGCCAUUCUUGUGGGAUUAGAGAAGAUAAUCAUGGAGUUGAGUGUUGGGGGAUUUUUAACUCUUCUUUGGUUCCUAAAGGUCCAGGGUUUGUUGCAAUUGCUUCGUCCGAUUUUACUACUUGUGGGAUUAGGGAGGAUGAUCUGGUGUUGUCUUGUUGGGCUUCUAAUGCAACUUCCUCCCAGAAACCUGAGUAUGAUCCUCCAUUGGAGUUGUGUAGUCCAGGUCUUUGUAGUCCUGGUUUUUGUGGAGUGGGGAAGUUUGCGUUCAAUGCUAGUGUUCUUAAUGAGGUUGAUUUGACAAGCUUGUGUGUUCGAAAAGAUCUAACGAUGUGUUCACCUUGCGGGUCGAAUUGUUCGGAAGGAUACUUCUUGUCGAGUUCAUGUACUGAACACGCUGAUAGGGUGUGCACAGCUUGCUCUCUUUGCCAAAACAGCACUUGUUGGAGUAUUUGUGGGCUUCAAGCAUCUCCAGAGAUGAAGAAGAAGCUUUGGCAUCAUAUUAAGAGAUUGGUGUUCAUAUUCGGGUCUUGUGCUUUAGGUUUCUUGUUGGUGUUAAUCAGUUGGUGCUUUCUUCCCCGUUUAACCACUUCUCGAAAGGAAGAAGGUAACAAGCAGCAGUCCAAGUCUUGCACUGGGAAGUCAGAGUUGGAAGCAGACACUAAAGAAGAUUCAGAAGCUCCUCUAUCCGUUGUUCCAUGUCCUGGCAUGGCUCAAGUGUUCAGACUAUCGGAACUUAAAGACGCAACCAACGGGUUCAAGGAGUUCAAUGAGCUUGGUAGGGGAAGCUACGGCUUUGUUUACAAAGCUGUUCUAGCAGAAGGGCAGCAGGUUGCAGUCAAGAGGGCAAAUGCUGCUACUAUAAUUCACACCAACGGUAGGGACUUUGAAAUGGAAUUAGAAGUUCUUUGCAAAAUCCGACACUGUAAUAUUGUGAACUUGUUAGGUUACUGCUCAGAGAUGGGGGAGAGGCUACUUGUAUACGAGUACAUGCCCCAUGGUACACUUUAUGAUCAUCUCCAUGGCGGCCUUUCUCCUCUAAACUGGGGCUUCAGGUUGAAAAUUGCAAUGCAGGCUGCAAAGGGGCUCGAGUACCUUCACAAGGAAUUUGUCCCUCCCAUUGUCCACCGCGAUGUCAAGACCUCAAAUAUUCUUCUAGAUUCUGAAUGGGGUGCAAGAAUUGCAGAUUUCGGGCUCCUUACUUCUAAUGACAAGGAUCAUGGUGGGGAUUUGGAAAGUGAUGUUUACAACUUUGGGAGAGUACUAUUAGAGAUUCUCAGUGGAAGGAAAGCUUAUGACAGGGAUUAUGAUCCUCCAAGUAUAGUUGAGUGGGCAUUGCCCUUAAUAAAACAGAACAAAGCAGCUGCUAUCAUCGAUCGAUAUGUAGCUCUUCCGAGAAAUGUUGAGCCUUUGCUUAAACUUGCUGAUAUAGCAGGACUAGCUGUUAAGGAAAAGCCUAAUGAGCGUCCUACCAUGUCUGAUAUUGCAUCUUGGUUGGAGCACAUUGUGAAAGAUGGUUUGACCUUGUAGUUUUGGAAUCAGGUCGCCGGAUAUACAUCAAACAUUGGUCAGUACAGACAGUACUACUUCAGUAAGUUAUUUUCUUCCCCCACUGUACAUCUCUUAUGAGCUUCUUGUAAAUUUCGUUGGCUAUUCCUUGCUCUUCUUUCUUUGUUUCCCAUUAUAUUUCCCUUAAUCCUCACAAAGUGAAGGGAUCAAUUUUUUUUUGCACAA